UGCGAGUGACGCUAUCUCCGCGCGCCGGCGGCGGCCCGGGCCGGCGGCGCCAUGAAGCCGCCGCUGCGGCCCCGCCUGGCCCCGGCCCGGUACGUGACGGGCCCGGGAGCGGCGGCGGAACCGGAGCGGCCGCGGGCGGCCUGGUCGGCGCGGGAGAAGCGGGCGCUGCUCGCGGCGCUGCGGGCUCAGGCCGCCCUCGGCCUCCCCGACCUGCAGCCCCGGCCGCUGCGGGAGCGCCUGCCCCGGCGGAGCGAGGCCGAGAUCCUGUCGUUCCUGUGCCGGCUGCGGGGCCGGGCAGCGCGGGAGGCCGUGCGCACCCAGUACCGGCACUGCCUGGAGCAGCAGCGCCAACGACGCGCCCAGGUCCCAGCCCCCAUCGAGGUGUGGCUGGAGCUGGCCGAGACGCUGGCAGAGGGGCUGGAGGAGGCAACGGCAGCCGCCUUCUCUCAGGUCCUCACUGUCGCAGCCACGGAGCCGCUGAGCCUUCUUCACUCCGUCCCCCCGCAUCCUGCUGGCACCACGGCGGCGCCGGAUCAGGGCGGGUCGGCACCGGGGGACCCUGCGGCCCCCCCGGCCCCGCAGCCCCACGCCCCCGGGGCCUUCACCGUCGACUUCCAGAGGGUCUACGAGUACCUGGCACGGCUGUGCCGGGGUGGGAAGGGCCCAGUGCUCCCCCCUGGUGAGUCGGCGGUGGUGCUGGCACUGCUGGGCUCCCUCCCCCAGGAGCUGGGCGUCCUCGACCGUGCUGCCCUCCACAGCCACCUCCGAGGGGCCUACGGUGCCCUGACGGCCCCCCGCCACCCGCAGACGGACUCCCCGGCCCCCGGCAUGGCCCCCGGCGUCCCCCCCGCCCCCGGGACCCCCGCAACCGGCUGGAGGGGGGUCGGCCUCUGCCCCCUCAACCUCUUCCUGGUCCCACUGCGGCUCCUGGCCCGAGCGGAACCCUCGGGGUGAGCCAGGACCCCCCCCCUCACCAAGGAGUGCCCCCCCCCAGCGUG